CUCACCAACUUCAUUCCAUUCUUUACCUUCUCUCAAAAUUUUAAGAAUUUGAAAAAAAGAGGAAAAAGAGAGAAUUGGGGGAAAUUUAUUUAUCUAUCUUCGUUUGUAUCGUAUACCUUUUCUUCUUAUUGUUGUUGGUGCUUUAAUCGUUUAGAGUGAUCUGGAAAACGUCACGUCCUUUGUUCAGAGUAGAGAUUCUUGACGUGCAUCGUGGAGAGAGCAAUCAAAGAAGGCGUCAGACUCAUUUACUCACAAUAUAUAUCAUUAAUCUCGCUCGUGUGUAGUCUCUGAUUUUGUAGCUUAAAACUAGCCUUACUUCCAAAAAUUAAGCCACUCCCAACAACAACGCACGCGACGCACACGCGCAGUUGGAAUUUUGCUGAGUUGAAAGAAUGGGAAACUGUCAGGCGGCGGAAGCAGCGACGGUGGUGAUUCAGCACCCUGGGAAUCAAAAGAUCGAGAGGAUUUAUUGGUCCGUAAGUGCACACGAGAUCAUGAACUCUAACCCAGGCCAUUACGUUGCUCUCCUUCUCACCUCCUCUACUACGAAAACCGAAAAUGGAACCCCAAUCAAGCAGCUCAAGCUCCUCCGCCCCGAUGACACGCUUCUCAUCGGCCACGUCUAUCGCCUCAUCACAUUCGAAGAUGUACUGAAGGAGUUUGCUGCAAAGAAAUGUGUGAAAUUAGGGAAGUUGCUGAAAGAGGGAGGAGCGCUUUCGGUUGGGAUGAAGAUAAAGGGCUCAGACAAUUCUGCUUCAAAUCCUAAUGCUAAUUCGAAAUCCCAAAAUUACAUGAAGCCGGAGCAGGACGGUGGACGUAGCGACGCCGGAAGCAGCGGCGGAGGAAGAGGCGGAGGAGGACAGAGAGGCAUGGGAAGGCAUUAUGGUGGUGGAAGUCAAUGGAGGCCAGCUUUACAGAGUAUUGCAGAAAUUGGAAUUAAUUGAAAAAGAAAAAAGGAAAAGGAAAAGGGAAAAGGCAAUAUGAACAAAAAACAAACGCUGGCAUGAAUAUGAUCUUCAGAUGCAAAUUGACCCUUUCGCUUUCAUGGUCUUCAAUGAAUAAUUACCAGAACAAGUUAACGUCAAAAACCCAAUCUCUAUCUUUAUAUACCUUUGAUAUUUUUCCCUCUAUUAUUUAGAUACGCGUUUCUGUGUAUUUGCAGUAGUGUUUAGUUCUUUCCAUCUAAACUUUGCACCUUUUUUCAUUUGGAAAUUAGUGUAAGGAACUUCAUUAGUUUAGAUGCUUUAGUUUUCAUGACUUUUCUUAAAUGUAAAUUAUCAGCAAUUACCCAUAAUAAUUUUCUGUUAAUUAACUUCCUUUCAUUUCAUUUUAAAUUAAUUGGAUCA